GGUCGACCGACUCUUACGAUAUAUUUAUCCAGUCAUCAAGCCCACCUUGAUAUCUUUUGACGAUGUGAUGGAGCUAGGCCGGGCUGCCGAUAAGUGGCAGAUCGAAGUCGCACUAUGGAUUCUGAGGCGCGAAGUAAUGUCCCCUCGUUUCGAUCAUCUACCCCUCCGCGUCUAUACCUUCUGCUGCGAGAUGGAUUUCGAAGAUGAAAUCGAGCUCAGUGCCAGCAAGGCUAGCCUGUCGGACCCACGUGAUCCCUGUCGUCGUGAUCAGAUAGGCAACUCGUCUGCCUUGGAUUUAAUUCGCAUUGUCAUGAUGCAUGAUGCUGUCAAGAAACCGGCGAACCUUCCGGAAGCCUUGAAGAGAAAUGAUGCGACUCGGCCAGUACCGGCAUGGCACCAGCCAAUACUCUAUGCUUGGGACCCACUAUUCAAGAGGAAUGACGCGGAUUUGGUUGUCAAGUCAUCCGACGGUGUCGAAUUCCGCGUAUUCUCCCUCUUCUUACGGGAGGCAUCGCCUCGUCUCGCCGACCUUAUAACCACAUCUGGUGCCUCAACCUUGCCCACGAAUGCCAGUUGUGCGAAGACUAUGGAAUGGCCUGAGCAUGCUGGAACGAUACAAGCACUUUUGCGCUAUAUUUACCCUCUUGGCGAACAUCCGCGUACGGAGCAAUCUACCGAUGAGCUAAUGGCUGUGCUGUGGGCAGCCCAUGUAUGGAAGAUCGAAGCCGCCUUACGCCCUUUGCGAGCUGCUAUUAUCAGCCCGGAACGUGUUAGUUCCGACGCCAUGCCUUCUGCUGCAGCAUGGAGUUCGAUAAGGAAAGAGAAGUCGCUGCAAUGCAUGCGAUCGAGACUGACCCAGUAUACCACGACAAGAUUGCCGAUUUCGUUGGUUUAUCUGCCCUGGAUUGGCUUUACCUUGUUGACGAAAGAAAGAGGUGCCUUGCUGCAAUUAAGGCUGCGAUAAACAACGCCUCGCUUCCACGUAUGCCUAACGAUACCUGUUUUAUCCAUGGAUCACGGCACCUAUCUGUGUCAUCUUCGGACACUUUCAAGCCGUAUCUCACACGAAUAAUGACGGCGAAGAUGUCGGCGGACACAUUCGCAAUACCUUCGUUCCUCUCUCACAGGAAAUGGGACGGCAAUUUUGGUGGGUCGUGUUACGGUCAGGGAGACCAGGCAACGCUUCAAUCAUGCGAGACCGCCUUGAGGGCUCUCAAGGUAGAGUUGAGCCGUAUUCUCAAUUCUAAC